UACUUUGUUUCUCAUCAAGUGGAAAGUCAUGUCACGUUUAUCUGUUGUGCAUUUCAUUAUAUUAUAUAUUAAGUAGCCAUUGUUGCUGAAUGUAAGUAAUAUUGAGUGUCCUCCUUGGUUUUGCUUCAAUUAUGGCUUUCUCUUCUUUCUUUUCCCAUUCUCCAUUGGCAUUGAAGAUUGAUCGCUUGGGGCAGACUAUAAAACCUUGUGGUACAGUUGAGAAGGGGCAAAAGUUUUCUUUCCCUAUCAGAAGUAAUGGUGGUGAGCUUGAACUUUGUUACCAGAGUCAACUUAAUCAGAGAAGUAGAGUCAACCUAAUCAGAGAUUGGAGUUUCAUAGGAGGAUCAAGAAUUGUUGUUAAACCAAAUUUCGUGAGAUUGGUUCCUUUUCGAAAAGCCAGUCGUGUCUAUGCUUCAUGGUUGUCAGGAUCACAACUUGCUAGCAGCGCCUUUACACUGGGAACAACAGCAGUGCUACCAUUUUACACACUCAUGGUUCUAGCUCCAAAUUCUGAGCUAACUAGGAAGUCUAUGGAAAGUAGUGUACCAUAUGUAGUGCUUGGCAUUCUAUAUGCAUAUUUGUUGUACCACUCUUGGACCCCUGAGACAGUUGGACUUAUUUUUGCAAGUAAAUACUUGCUACCAGAGCUGACUAGUAUAGGGAAAAUGUUCUCCAGUGAGAUGACUUUAGCAUCAGCUUGGAUUCACCUUUUGGUUAUGGAUCUCUUUGCUGCAAGGCAUGUUUUUCUUGAUGGAUUAGAGAAUCAGAUAGAGACUCGGCAUUCAGUUUCUCUGUGCUUGUUCUUUUGCCCUAUUGGGGUUCUUAGUCAUGCCAUCACCAAAGAAAUGACUAAAAGUGCCAGAAAAAACAAGCACAGCUUAUAGAGGGCACCUACUUGCUUUCCCACAUAACCAAAAAAGAAAUUUAAUUGAAGUUUAAGAGUUUCAGAAAUUCAUGUUCAAGUUUUUAAAUUAAGUUACUUGUAAUUUUGUUUGGAAUUGUUUUCCCCUCAAUCAAAAUACUAUUAGUAUUUUGUUCCAUCUCAAGUGUAUAAAUUAUUUUGACUUGAUGUUCAUUACAUUUUUACUUCAAUUGCAAAGAAAGCUUUCCAUUUUCA